AUGAAAAGAAGAGUAAGAACAUUACUAAUUGUUUCUAUUCUUCCCCGUCAUGUAUCACCCUUACUAUUCUUUCCCAUCAUGUAUCACCCUUUCUAUAAACUAUAAAAACACUUCAUUGUCUUCAAGAAGGGAACGCCCUAAUCAUUGUCCUCAGUUCUCUUGUAGAUCAUCUUAUUAUUACCCGAAACUUAUCCUAAUAAACUUUGUAACUAUUUGUUGGCGAUUCGGAGCAACAAAUUUGUGGUGACCCCGACGUUCAACCCUCGAACCCGACGUUCAACCCUCGAACUCCACCGUACACACACGAAGGUAGGUAACCAAUUUUCCGAUUUUUAAAAAUUUUGUUUGAAAUUUUCGCGUUAAAAUUUUUCGAAAUUUUUAAAAUUUUUUUUCCUUUUGCAUAUUUCCAUUUUAUUGCAAAAUUUUGUUCGGUUAGUAUUUUUCCGCCCCCCCCCCAUUACGCACAAGAGUGCGAAAAAUGUUUAAGAAAGUUUAGGUAGGUACCCCUAAAAUCCUAAACAGAGUAUAGGACCACAGAACAUUUUUGGGUAAUUUAGUUGAAGACUAAACCUCAUAAGUUAGGUAAUACUCUAAAACACCUCAAGUUUUAAAAUAUUUGACCUUUUCUCUCUCCCUAUAGUGCAAAUAAAAGUCAAAAAACUAUGUCUAGUAAAAUCCGGCGAGUUAUAGGGACCACUAAGCGUAGGCUUAAGGAUAAUUUAGUUAGGUACAAUGGUAUUAAAGCAUCUUUAAACUAUGAGACUGACGAAAUAAAUGACGAUGAACUUUAUGAUAUCUUAGAACGUUCCACUGAUAUUUUUGAUAAAUUGUCUAAAAAUGUUCAAAUCCUAGAACAAAAUCAUCAUGAUUAAUUAGAUAUCAUAAGUCAAAAUCCCGCUGAGAAUGAGGUUUUCCAUGAAUAUACCAAAAAAUACGGCGAUUAUUUUGAAGUUUUAGAAAAUGCGAAAAAUGCUAUAGAUGACCUUGCGCGCCAUAUACCUAAGUUUAAAGAAGUGGCUGUACUAAGAUUAGAAUUUAGUAGGACCAGCCAGCGAUCAACCACAUCCCCGUACCACCUGCGUCCCGCCACGAAAUCAAGCCGGCCUUGGCGUUCUGCCUCUCUGGAUCCAAUACGGUCAACGACGUGGACAGCGAGAGGAGUAG